GCCGCCUGAGGGAAAGAAAGGAAGCGGCGGCCGAAGGAGGCGGCGGCGCGGAGAUGAGAGGAUGGUGGCGGCGGUGACGCGGAAGGAGGAUGGAGUCUGUAGAUUAUUUAGAAGAACUUCCUGAGACAGAUGAGCCCACCUGGAUCUUAGGAAGACAGCACCACCUGAAAACAGAAAAAUCUAAUCUUCUUUCGGACAUUGGCUCUCGUAUUUGNGUGUUCCAUGUGCCUUCGGCAUUUAGUCAUGCUGGUGGUACAGGUCCUUCGUCAGAUGCUGGCUGGGGUUGCAUGUUGCGGUGUGGACAGAUGAUGUUGGCUCAGGCUCUGAUCUGUCAACAUUUGGGAAGAGAUUGGCAGUGGGAGGAAUACAAAAAACAACCAGAAGAAUAUAAAAAGAUUUUGUGCUGCUUCCUGGACAGAAAAGAUUGCUGUUACUCAAUUCAUCAAAUGGCUCAAUCGUUGUUGAACUUUGAGGGUUACUUGCAUCGCGCACGCUUUUUGACUAACUGCUGUCUUGCUUUGUUCAGGAAACUUGCACUCUUUGAUGAAUGGAAUUCCUUAGCUGUUUACGUGUCUAUGGACAACACGGUAGUGAUUGAAGAUAUCAAAAAAAUGUGCCGGGCCCCACCCCAGGGUUGCCCCAGGUCUCACUGCAGUUCACUGUCCUAUAGGAGCUCCGUCAACCCAGCCAAGACCCUGGGAGCUCCCGGUGGCAGUUGGAAGCCUCUGUUGCUGAUCGUGCCCCUUCGCCUGGGGAUAAACCACAUCAAUCCGGUUUAUGUCGACGCUUUUAAGGAAUGCUUUAAGAUGCCACAAUCUUUAGGAGCUUUAGGAGGAAAACCAAACAAUGCCUACUACUUUAUAGGAUUUCUGGGAAAUGAAUUGAUCUACCUGGACCCUCACACCACUCAGGUCUUUGUAGAUUCGGAUGAGAGUGGUGCAGUUGAUGACCAUAGCUUCCACUGCCAGCAAGCCCCCCACCGGAUGAAGAUAAUGAAUCUCGAUCCCUCUGUAGCUUUAG